AUGCCAUUAACAGCUGACGUGGCUGAGAAGUUAGGGUUUGUGAACCAUAUAGUUGAAGGAGGAGAGGAAACCUUGAAGAAAGCCAGAGAAAUCGCAGAGGCUAUAAUCAAGAAUGAACAAGGAAUGGUUCUGCGGAUUAAAUCCGUCAUCAAUGAUGGACUAAAGUGGAAAAGGAGCAAAAGAGCCUCAAACCAUGAUCCAUGCAAGUUUCCAAGUCAAGAGCAUCAUUUUAUCUCCAAGUGUCAAUUCUCGCUACGGAGCAGAACGAAGCUUCGGAAGUUUGGCCGCGAACGGAGGAGUUCCCGACGUCCAAAAGUCACGAUCUUGAUAUGGAAAGAUAGAUACUUGAGUCAUGCAUCACGUCGAAGUGGAAUGAAGCCAUUUGGAUCAACCAUCGGGCUGGAAACUUAUUUUCUACCGAGACAUUUCCGGUUAGCGACCAAACAAGUGCCCAUGGAAGAUUUGGAGUGUCUAAUGGCCCGAGAAACCGCAAAGGCCUUGACUUGGCUCGCUAAGAAGAGGCCUAGCUAA